AGUGGCAGCAUUAUUUUUGUUCAGUGGAGUCCCGUCCUGUCGGCUGCCCCAUACCCGCCGCUGUGCCUGGAUUUUCACUGACUUUUUUUUUGGAGUUUGUCCUUUCUUCUUUAACAAAAAUAACAACUUUGACUUGUGGACAAAGAAAAAGGGUCCUUGGGACGAUCUUAAAAGCACCUCAGGAUGUCAGAAUCCUUAAAACUACAAAAGGAACAGGAGGAACGGGACCUUGAGACGCGCUAUGAGAGCAGCUAUCACCAAAGCUCCCUGUCAUCUGUUAGCCGCCAGUCAUACACUGCUUAUGUGAGCAGCCAUGGGCACAAGAUCUCAGGGAAGAAGAAGGAGAAGAAACUGACUCCACUCUCCAAAAAAGAAAAGCGCUCAUACCUGGCGGUGGACAAAGAAGACGAGGUCAUUGGAUACGUUGUGCCAGUCUUCAGAAGCAGUCAUUUGGCUACCCAAGACCUGAUGGAGACUCAGGAGGAGGUAAAGGAAGAGGGUGUGGGGUAUGUCGUCAUGAGAAACCUGUUCGCCAGAGAGUCCGGCUUCAAGAUGAGAACUGUGAAGAAGACCAGAGAGACCAGCAUGAGAGAGUCUGCAGAACGCAUGGCUCUGAGCCAAAAGCUGCAUGAGAAAGAGCAAUUCCAAAAGAAGAUGAAUCCAGACAGUUUGACUCACCCUCCAGAGUUUAUCGUUAAACCACGUGGUCAGACCGUGUGGGAGGGGAAGAGUGUGACGCUGCACUGCACUGUUGCAGGAUGGCCCAAACCCCGCGUGGCCUGGUACAAAAACAAUGUUCUAAUCGAUGCCAAGGCUCGCCCUGAGAAAUACUUCACAGAGAGCCAAUACAACAUGCACUCUUUGGAAAUAAAAAAUUGUACUUUUAGUGACACUGCUGAGUACCGAAUCUCUGCACUCAAUGUGAAGGGAGAAAGUUCUGCUUUUGCUCCUGUCAUUAUUAAAAGAUUCAAGGAAGAAGAGGAGUUGGUUGAAAGGCCCCAUGGUUAUAGCCCUGAAUAUGGUGUGACCUUCAACACUACCAUCAUUGACAAGUUUGAUGUUUCCUUUGGCCGUGAGGGAGAAACCAUGAGUUUGGGAUGUACAGUCAUUGUCUAUCCCACAGUGAAGCGCUACCAGCCAGAGAUUGUGUGGUACAGAAAUGGUGUCGCCUUAUCAUCUUCUAAGUGGGUGCACAUGCACUGGAGUGGUGAAAAAGCCACUUUGACCCUUGUCCAUCUGAACAAAGAAGAUGAGGGUCUCUACACCCUGCGUGUUAACACCAAGUCUGGCUUUGACACCCACUCUGCCUAUGUGUUUGUCAGAGAUGCUGAUGUAGAGGAGGAAGGGGUUCCAGUCGCUCCUCUUGAUGUGCGCUGUCAUGACGCUAAUAAAGACUAUGUGGUUGUCACCUGGAAGCAGCCAGCAGUGGAGGGCAGCAGUGCCAUCACGGGUUACUUCAUUGACAGGUUGGAGGUUGGCAAUCAUCACUGGACUCAGUGCAAUGACACUCCAGUAAAAUAUGCCCGUUUUCCUGUCACUGGGCUUAUUGAAGGACGCUCCUACAUGUUUCGGGUGCGAGCUCUCAAUAAUGCUGGUGUGAGCCGUCCGUCUCGGGUCUCUGACCCUGUAGUCGCCAUGGACCCAUCAGACCGGGCCCGUCUUAGAGCUGGUCCCUCAGCUCCAUGGACGGGAGUGAUCAAAUUCACUGAGGAAGAUCCCACAGUUGGGGUCAUCCCUGGUCCACCUACUGACCUGGCCGUCACUGAGGCUACAAAGAGUUACGUAGUCCUGAGCUGGAAGCCACCUGUUCAGAGAGGACACGAGGGUGUCAUGUAUUACGUGGAGAAGUGUUUGGUUGGUACAGAUGCAUGGCAAAGGGUAAACACCGGGAUUCCAGUCAAGUCCCCUCGCUUUGCCCUGUUUGACCUCGCUGAGGACAAAUCCUACACUUUCCGUGUACGCAGCUGUAACUCUGCUGGAGUUGGAGAGCCGUCAGAGGAAACUGGGGCGACUACUGUGGGAGACCGAUUGGACCUGCCUUCUGCCCCAGGCCCGGUCAUUCCCAUCCGAAACACUGACUCUUCUGUGGUGGUGUGCUGGGGAGCAUCUAAAGAGGUGAAGGAUCUGGUGGGUUACUAUAUUGAGGUCACUGUGGAUGGCAGUGGUGUGUGGGCUCCCUGCAACAAUAAGCCAGUCAAAGGCACGAGGUUUGUGUGCCAUGGGCUGAAUGCCACUGAUAAAUGCACCUUUCGGGUGAAGGCAGUGAAUGCUGCAGGAUACAGUGGAAGCAGUGCCGAAUCUGAGGCUUGCCUUGUUAAAGCGAGUAUUGCUGUCCCAAGUCCUCCCACUGGUGUGACCACGCUGGAAAGGCUUCGGGAUUACAUGGUGAUUGGUUGGCAAGCUCCUGCUAAAACCGGUGGAGCAGAUAUCAGAGGUUACUAUCUGGACUACAGAACGGUGAAAGAUGGAGUCACAAGCAAGUGGCAUGAACUGAACCUGAAAGCAGUCACUAGCUCACCUUACAAGGUAACCGAUUUGAAGGAAAACGAAUUCUACCAGUUCCAAGUGCGUGCAUUCAAUCAGGCUGGUAUUAGUGAAGCCUCCAUACCCACUGCCCCAUUGGAGUGCAAGGAAUGGACCGUUGCUGUUCCAGGUCCUCCUCAUGGCCUCCGUGUCCAGGAAGUGCGUAAAGAUUCCAUGGUUGUUCUCUGGGAACCUCCUACAUUCAAUGGUCGCAGUCCUGUGACGGGAUAUUAUGUGGACUUUAAGGAAGAAAAUGGCAGAUGGAGAUGCGUCCAAGAGAGAUCUACAAAACACACUUAUAUGAAGGUAUCAGGUCUCCAAGAGGGCAUCUCCUACAGGCUGCGCAUCCAUGCUAAGAAUCUGGCAGGUGUAGGUGUGCCCUCAAAGGCAACGGAUGCAAUUUUGGCUGAGACCCGUCCUGGAACCAAUGAGAUUGUAGUGGAUGUGGAUGACAACGGUGUGAUUUCACUGAUCUUUGAGUGCUCUGAUCUUAAAGAGGACUCUCAGUUUGUGUGGUCUAAGAACUACGAGGCCUUCACUGACAGCUCAAGACUCACCAUACAGACUACUGGGGGCAAGUCCAGAGCCAUAUUUAAUGACCCAUCAUUGGAUGACUUGGGCAUUUACUCUUGUGUGGUGACCAACACUGAUGGUGUCUCCGCCAGCUACACGCUCACUGAGGAAGGACUGAAGCGCCUGUUGGAUAUCAGCCAUGAUCACCAGUUCCCCAUAAUUCCUUUCAAAAGUGAAAUGGCCAUUGAGCUGCAGGAGAAGGGCCGUGUGCGUUUCUGGGCUGAAGUUGGCAAGUUCACUUCUAACCUUCAAGUGGAAUAUGUCUUCAAUGAUAAUGUCAUCCAUGAAGGAAAGAAGUACACAAUGAACUUUAACAAGAGCACUGGCAUCAUUGAGAUGUUUAUGGAUUUACUGGAGGUCACAGAUGAAGGAACCUUCACAUUCAACCUUGUUGAUGGCAAAGCAACUGGUCGUACCAGCUUAGUGCUCAUUGGAGAAGAGUUUGCUGAGCUUCAGAAGAAAUCUGAGUUUGAGAGAGCAGAGUGGGUCAGAAGGCAAGGUCCUCAUUUCGUUGAGUAUCUCAGUUUCGAGGUAACACCAGAAUGUGAUGUGCACCUGAAAUGCAAGGUUGGAAACAUCAAGCCUGCCACUGAGAUCGCUUGGUUUAAGGAUGGAAUUGAAAUUGAAGAGGAUGAUGAGGAUGCUAAGAAGAUCGGAAAAUCAGAUGAAGUCUUGACCUUUGACAUUGGCAAGCUUGUUAUUAAGAGCGAAAAGGCAGAGCGGAAAAAGAAACCUGCAACAGAAGAAAGUCCAAGCAAGCCAAAAAUUUCAAAGAAAGAUGCAGGAGUGUACGAGGUUAAACUGAAGGAUGAAAGAGGAAAGGACAAAACUUUGCUGAACCUGACAGAUGCAGGUUAUCAAGCAGUGCUGAAUGAAGUGUUCAGAGUUAUAGCAAACUCUUCCACCGAGCUCAAGGUUAUGAGCACAGAACACGGAAUCAUUCUCUACUCAUUUGUUGUGCACUAUCUUGAAGAUCUCCGUGUAGGCUGGCUUCACAAAGAAUCAAAGAUCUCCCACUCAGACAGAGUCCAGUGUGGUGUCACCGGAGAACAGCUGUGGCUCAAAAUUAACGAGCCCACCGAGAAGGAUAAGGGCAAAUAUGCCAUUGAUAUCUUCGACGGCAAAGGCAGCGUCAAGAGAGUUCUUGACCUAUCAGGACAAGUAUGGGAGGAAGCAUUUGAAGAAUUCAAAAGGCUGAAGGCGGCGGCCAUAGCAGAGAGAAACCGGGCACGUGUUGUGGGUGGCCUGCCAGAUGUUGUCACCAUUCAGGAGGGCAAGUCCCUCAACCUCACUGGCAACGUAUGGGGUGAUCCUGCUCCUGAGGUCAGCUGGAUCAAGAAUGAAAAACCGCUGGUGUGUGAUGAGCACCACACGCUGAAGUAUGAGCACAGCAAGUUUGCCAGCAUCACCAUCGCUGCUGUCACCACAACCGACUCAGGGAAAUACGCCCUGCUGGUGAAGAACAAGUACGGCACAGAAGCGGCAGAGUUUACUGUCAGUGUCUACAUCCCAGAGGAUGAAGCCGAGAAGAAGGAGUAAAGCCACGCACAAAUGGAGAGAGGGGUUUAACAGAUGACCAGUACACCUUCCAAAGCAUUUUAAUUCAAAGCAUGUCUACCCACAGUGCAGUGUUGUAUGCUGCCAGUGUAUUUGUGAUUUAAAAAGUAACUGCAGCUAUUUGGAUGAAAGAUAUGGGCAAGUUAUGCAGGUUUUGUUUCUAGGCUUUUCACACUAUGAUAAACUUAAAGGGUUAGCUCGCCACAAAAUGUAAGUUCUGUAAUCAUUCACUCACUGUAAUUGCAAACCCGUGAGACUCUUGAGGAAUCAUUUGUGAUGGCUGAGAGAUUUCUGUUCUUCUGUUUAAAGUUGUCAUUCAAACUUCUGAUGCUUUACAAUAUUUUGUAAUGUUAUCUAUAUGAGUGAUAGACUUUCAGUGAACAGGCAGAAAGCUCUUUGAAUUUGACUAAAUAUUUUCAUUUUGGUUCUGAAGAUGAAUUAAGGUCUUGAUGAUGGUGAAAUGGAUGUCAGAAAUACACCAAGAUAAAUCUUUUUUUUUUUUUAAUUUUAGUAAAGGCAUGUGGAUGUUGAUUGGAGGUUGCCAACAUUUAAAAGUUUCUCUAGAAGUAUCAAUCCCAGAUUGUGGUAGCAAACAUAUACUUUUAAACUGCUAACCUAGGCUAAUGUAUAAACCUGAAAAAAAAGAAAAUACUCAAGUGGAUAACCUCAAAUUGAAUUACCAGUACAUGCAGCUUAAAUUUCUAAUUUAUAAAACUAAUGAAAUAUGAUAAUUUCUUAAUCCUGAAACCAUUAAUGUGUGAAAAACAUUUGUGAAAAGCAUUUUAGCAACUGAAGAUGUGCAUCUUGUUGCUUUGUGUUAUUAAAACGUAUUAAAAACACUUGAGUAUAGCAAAAUUAAUGUUUUGAAUUAAAAAGCUUUGGUUGUUGCUUUAUUUUUAAGCAAAACUGGAACAUUAGUGUGAAAAUAGCAUGUAUCUCAACUGUUGUCAUGGUUUAAUUAAAACUGAUUGUCAGUGUGAAUAUACUGUUUUGUGAGACAGUGUAUCAUAUGAUUAAAAUCAAAUUGUCUUUCAGCUGUAGACAACAGAAAUUUAAAGUUGGGUAAAGGUUGCUAUAGCCAAUGUGAUUUGGUAAAUCCUUUCUCUGUAAAAAAUAUAUAUCUGGAUACUCUCAUUUGUAGUUUUAUGAUUUAUUGUUAUAUGUCUGCUGAUAUAUCUUGCUUAAUGCAUUUUAUGUGUUAAUAUGUGUAAGGUUUGAAUAUAAUACAGUAAGCAGCAAGACAGUUUAAUCUGUGUAGGUCCUUCAGAUAAGCAAAUGCAAAUGCUAUUGAGUCAAGACGCUUUUGUUGCUUUGUGGUCAUAGCUGAUAUACAGAUCAUAGUCAGUGCUAUGCAAUAAAAUUAACCAGUUAUAAUGCGAAAA